AAUUCAAUAUGUUCCGAUUGGUGGUGUUGUCCGUUGUUCUUGCCGUUGCCGCUGCCGCACCGAAGCCCGGUUUGGUGCAUUCGGCCCCACUUGCCUACUCGACCGUCGUUGCUGCUGCACCGGCCCUCGUCGCCCAGAAGGAGAUCUCGUACCAGAAGAGCAUCAUCGAGGAACCGACCGUGGCGCACGUUGGCACGAUUGAGAAGUCCGUCCCGACCGGAUACUCGCACCAGAGCUUCACCCAGUACCACAACAAGCAGGUCGCUGAGCCGGUGUAUGCCGCAGGUGUGAAGAAGACCGUUGUGUCGACUCCGGUUGAGAAGACGACCUACGUCCAGGCUGCUGCUCCGGUCGUUCAUGCUGCCCCGGCCGUCUAUGCUGCUCCGGUUGAGACUGUCUACGCUGCUGCUCCAGUUGCCAAGACGUACACGUACGCUGCCCAGCCAAUUGCCAAGACCUACGUGCAGGCUGCUCCAGCUGCCAUCUCCUACGAGGCCGCUCCAGUGUCCUACGUUUCGGCUCCUCUGAAGACGUCCUACGUCAGCAGCUACCCGUCCGUGUACGCUGCCCCGGCCGUCUAUGCUAACGAAUGGCACUAAACGAACCUGACUGUGACUUACGAUCAAUUUUGGCGUUCAGCGAGCGAGAACACUAUUUUUCUCUUGUUCAACGUUUUGGGAUUGUUUUAUUGAAAG